UUAGGCAUACAAAUUCAAUUCUAAUUUAGUUGCUAAAUUACUUUUUAAAUUCUUGAUCAUUGAGAUUAAUUAUAAAAUAUUAGUAUAAGCAAAUACUAUCCCAUGUAGUUUAAUAUUGAUUUAAAUAAAAUUGGCUGUGGGUAGAAAUAUGAAAUUCAUAAAUUUCAAACUCAUCUGUCAGUGUUGUAAGAAAACUUUAAUUUUUCCAGCAUGAUCUUAAAACUCAUUAGCAGUUUUUCUAAUAUGUAUUUCUAGUCAUACCACAGUUGUAAAAGGAACACACCUUUCAUGGCUUUGUCUACAGAGAAAUUAAUCUUUGUGAAUACUAAAUUUUUCAGAUGAUUGAACUUUAAAUUAUACAACUGAGUUAUUGAAAAGUUAAACCAUUUGUUAUAAGUCAUUAUGAAAUGUAAUAUCUACAUCACCACCUUCUUAGAGAGCUAAGAGCAAUUUAAGUUUUUCCUUUAUUACUGAGAAUCAUCAUUGUAUAAGUUAUUGAACAGUGAAACCUACAGUAAUGUCCUCCAAAGCCUGAGCCUCCUAGGCUCUUGAUACUGUUACUGGGAUACUGUUUCCAAGGUCAUUUAUCUGCUCUUGAUUUUCACCUUCCUUGCUAUAAUAAUUUCUCUGAAAUACUCUCAUUUUUCUUUGGAAAGCCAAAUGGAGUAAAUUUUGAAAAGAAUAACUUUUACUUUGAAAAUUUCUUUUCUAAAUAUUCUCUGGCUUUUGUGUACAUUUUUUGACAGUGUGACCAUGGCUAUUAUGAUCAUUAUUUUAGUAAUGGAACCUGAUAUCACCUAUAUCAUAUCUCACAUAUUUGAUGACAAGAAUAUUACUCUGUAACAUAAAAGAAGAUGGUUUUGUUAUAAUUUCAUAUUCGAUGUACUACAAAGAAAUCAAUUAUUGUACCUAAUGGGUUGUAGAAAGAUGUAGUAUUUGAAAAUUUUUCAGAAGCCUAAAUAGUUCAUGUAACUGAAAAAUCGGAAACAGCCUAGUAUGCCUGUUUUGCUUUUUCUUCCUAGAAAAUUGUGAUUGAUUUACUCUGAAAACUAUUUAAAUAAAGUUAAUAUUUAAGCCUUAGGGAAAUUUGUUGCAUAUUAAUUCUUUUAUGAUAAUAGACUGUCUUGGUAAUAGAUUUUAUUUUCUCAAAGGGCAGCUUAAACUUCACCUUUUUUCUUGUACAUUGUGCUACCAAACACCACCUCUUUUCACAUCUUUAUGCAGUCAGUGGCUUAAUCAGUGGAAGAACUGUCAGAGUGUUCCAUAUUCGCCUGUUCUCCAUGUCACUCACAGCUUGUUAUUCAGCUUUGACCCAUGACCUUAGGGCGGUUGUGCACAUUCUGCUAUACAGAGGAAUAACCUAACUUCUUCUCGACUUACUGGCUGACUACAGAGUUUUCUAUUUUUUCCCUAUUUCUUUCAUAUGACUGACUGCUUGAAUUGCCAUGCUGCAAGCAAACCACGUGUUUUAUUGCCAACUACUCUUACCUUAUAACAUGUGUGUCAUCUCCCAAGUUUCCAUAUUAUCAAUUUUGUCCUAAAAUGGGGUCUCUGAAUAUGAUAGAGACUGGGUGCAGCAUAGAUGCCAAGCAAGUGGAGGAACCGUCUGCAGCUGCAAAUGAAGAAUCACUUUUUCCUUUCUGUAGGGAACCAAGUUAUUUUGAAAUCCCUACAAAAGACUUCCAGCAGCCAUCACAAAUAGCAGAGAGCACUAUUCAUGAGAUUCCAACAAAAGACACAUCAAGUUCCCAUACAGCAGGUGCAGGGCAUGCUUCAUUUACCAUUGAAUUUGAUGACAGUACACCCGGAAAAGUAACUAUUAGAGACCAUGUGACAAAAUUCACUUCUGACCAGCGCCACAAGUCAAAGAAGGCCUCUCCCGGAACUCAAGACUUGCCGGGAAUUCAGACAGGAAUGAUGGCACCAGAAAACAAAGUAGCUGACUGGCUAGCACAGAACAACCCUCCUCAGAUGGUGUGGGAAAGAGCAGAAGAGGAUUCCAAGAGCAUUAAAAGUGAUGUUCCCGUGUACUUAAAAAGGUUGAAAGGAAACAAACACGACGAUGGCACGCAGAGUGAUUCAGAGAACGCUGGUGCGCACAGGCGCUGUAGCAGGCGUGCAACUCUUGAGGAGCAUUUACGACGCCAUCACUCAGAACAGAAAAAGAAGGUCCAGUCUGCUGAAAAGCAUCAUGACCAAACUGUUACUAGCUCUACGCAUCACAGAGGGGGGCAUGGUGUUCCACAUGGGAAAUUGUUAAAACAGAAAUCAGAGGAGCCAUCGGUGUCCAUACCCUUCCUACAAACUGCAUUAUUAAGAAGUUCAGGGAGUCUUGGGCACAGACCAAGCCAGGAGAUGGAUAAAAUGUUAAAAAAUCAAGCUACUUCUGCUACUUCAGAAAAGGAUAAUGAUGAUGACCAGAGUGACAAGGGUACUUAUACCAUUGAGUUAGAGACUCCCAACAGUGAGGAGGUGGAAGCAAGAAAAAUGAUUGACAAGGUAUUUGGAGUAGAUGACAAUCAGGAUUAUAGUAGGCCUAUUAUCAAUGAAAAGCAUAAAGGUCUGAUUAAAGAUUGGGCUAUCAACUCUGCUUCAGUAGUAAUGGAAGAAAGAAAGCCAUUCAGCACACCUGGGUUUCAUAACUCAGAGGAAGGGGUGGCUUCAUCUGGAAGCAAACGUUGGGUGUCACAGUGGGCUAGUUUGGCUGCUAAUCACACAAGACAUGAUCCAGAAGAAAGGCUAAUGGAAUUGUCUGCAACUGUAGAAAACGAGACAGAUGCUAGUGAAGUUGGUGUUUCACUGAGAAGUACUAGCUCUGCAACUUCCUUGGCUAGUCAGGGAGAGAGAAAGAGGCGAACUCUUCCCCAGCUCCCAAAUGAAGAAAAGCCUCUGGAGAGCUCCAGAGCAAAGGUGAUAACACAGAGGUCAGAGAUAGGAGAGAAGCAAGAUACGGAACUGCAGGAAAAAGAAGCCGCUGCCCAGGUACCCCAGCACGAGAAGCAUGAUGCAGACAGAAGCCUGAGUCAAAUGAACAGGGCAGUCAAUGGUGAGAUUCCUAAGACUGGUGGAGACAAUAAAGCCCUCCUUCACUCAGGUAGCUCUUCUAGCAAGGAGAAGAGUGAGACCGAGAAAGAAACUUCUUUGGUAAAACAAACAUUAGCUAAAAUCCAACAACAGCAGGAACAGAAGGAGCAGGCCCAGUGGACUCCUGCUAAACUGUCUUCAAAAAGUGCUUCAGGCCACAUAGAUAAAUAUAGGGAGGAGUCUUCUAAGCAAGAGUCCCAACCUGUAGAAAGAAUUUCAGGACAUUCUACAAGCAAGGGAGAAAGAGUUAUGCAAAAUGAAAGCAAGAGAAGAAAAGCUGAGGAAAUCCCAAAAAGUCAGACUUCCAAAGGAGACAAGAAAGAGUCCUCGAAGUCCUUAGUGCGUCAAGGGAGUUUCACCAUAGAAAAGCCCAGCUCAAACAUACCCAUAGAGCUUAUUCCCCAUAUCAACAAGCAGAGUUCUUCUGCUCCCACUUCCUUAGCCCUGGCAUCUGCAAGCAGACUUCGAGAAAGAAGUGACUCUUUGGAUACUGAUUCUAGCAUGGACACAACCUUGAUUCUAAAAGACACGGAAGCAGUGAUGGCUUUUCUAGAAGCUAAACUGCGUGAAGAUAAUAAUAAAACUGAUGAAGGCCCAGAUACUCCUAGUUACAAUAGAGACAAUUCUAUUUCACCAGAAUCUGAUGUAGACACAGCCAGUACAAUUAGUCUGGUUACUGGAGAGACAGAAAGAAAGUCCACACAAAAGCGGAAGAGUUUCACUAGCCUCUAUAAAGACAGGUGUUCCACGAGUUCCCCUUCCAAAGAUGCUACAAAGUCAGGCACUAGGGAGAAAAUUGAAAAAAAAGCAAAAAGCCGCUCUACAGAUAUAGGUGCAAGAGCAGAUGGUCGAAAAUUUGUCCAGUCCAGUGGAAGAAUCCGGCAGCCUUCUGUAGACUUAACAGAUGAUGACCAGACCUCUAGUGUACCUCAUUCUGCUAUCUCUGACAUCAUGUCAUCUGACCAGGAAACAUACCCCUGCAAACCUCAUGGGAGGACUCCACUCACCUCAGCUGAUGAGCACAAUGUACAUUCCAAACUGGAAGGAGGCAAAGGAACAAAGUCUAAGACUUCUCCUGUUGCCUCUGGUUCGUCAAGUAAAUCGACCACUCUCCCAAGGCCAAGGCCCACCAGGACUUCCCUUCUGCGCCGAGCCCGGCUUGGUGAAGCUUCCGACAGUGAACUUGCUGAUGCUGACAAAGCAUCUGUUGCCUCUGAAGUGUCCACCACAAGUUCCACAUCAAAACCACCCACAGGAAGGCGAACCAUCUCUCGGAUUGAUUUAUUAGCUCAGCCUCGAAGAACAAGACUUGGCUCAUUAUCUGCCCGCAGUGACUCUGAAGCAACAAUAUCAAGAAAUAGUGCCUCUUCCCGCACUGCAGAAGCCAUCAUUAGGAGUGGAGCCAGAUUAGUGCCAUCAGAUAAAUUUUCUCCUAGAACUAGAGCCAACAGUAUCUCGCGGCUAUCAGACUCCAAGGUCAAAAGCGUGACCUCCACUCAUGGCUCUCCUUCAGUAAAUUCAAGAUGGAGGCGCUUUCCCACUGAUUAUGCUUCCACCUCAGAAGAUGAAUUUGGAUCAAACCGUAAUUCCCCUAAACAUACUCGUCUACGUACUUCUCCAGCCCUGAAAACCACUCGCAUGCAGAACACUGGAUCCGCAAUGCCUGCUAGUUCUUCAUUCAAGCACCGAAUUAAAGAGCAGGAAGACUAUAUCCGAGAUUGGACUGCCCAUCGAGAAGAGAUAGCCAGGAUCAGCCAAGAUCUUGCUCUCAUUGCUCGGGAGAUCAACGAUGUAGCAGGAGAAAUAGAUUCAGUGACUUCCUCAGGCACUGCCCCUAGUACCACAGUAAGCACUGCUGCCACCACCCCUGGCUCUGCCAUAGACACUAGAGAAGAGGUAGGAGAUCUUCAUGGAGAAAUGCAUAAGUUGGUUGACCGUGUUUUUGAUGAAAGCCUCAACUUCCGAAAGAUACCUCCAUUAGUUCAUUCUAAAACACCAGAAGGAAACAAUGGUCGAUCUGGUGAUUCAAGAUCUCAACCAGCAGAGCCUCCUGAUCACUUAACAAUUACAAGACGGAGAACCUGGAGUAGGGAUGAAGUCAUGGGAGAUAAUCUGCUGCUGUCAUCUGUCUUUCAGUUCUCUAGGAAGAUAAGACAAUCUAUUGAUAAAACAGCUGGGAAAAUUAGGAUAUUAUUUAAAGACAAAGAUCGGAACUGGGAUGACAUAGAGAGCAAGUUAAGAGCUGAAAGUGAAGUCCCUAUUGUGAAGACAUCAAGCAUGGAGAUUUCUUCUAUUUUACAAGAGCUGAAAAGAGUUGAAAAACAAUUGCAAGUGAUCAAUGCCAUGAUUGACCCAGAUGGAACUUUGGAGGCUCUUAACAACAUGGGAUUUCCCAAUGCUAUCCUGCCAUCUCCACCAAAACAGAAAUCCAGUCCGGUUAAUAACCACAGCAGCCCUGGUCAGACACCAGCACUUUGUGGCCCAGACACUAGGGCUCUGCACCCUGCAGCAGUUGCAGCCUCAACUGAGUUUGAGAACACUGAAUCUGAGGCUGAUUUCAGUAUCCAUUUCAAUAGGUUCAACCCUGAUGGGGAGGAAGAAGACAUUACAGUACAAGAGUGAUGUUCUCUUGCCUGGUAGAGACGCUACCUGUGGAGUGACUAGGGGUAUUGGAAGCAGCAUGGUGUUGACAUACAAAACAAGAGAGCUUGGUCAGCAACAAUCUUACCUUUGUCUUCUUGAUUUAUUUAUUUAUUUUUACCUCUAAUGUGUCAUGCCAGUCUUUUCAAGCCACUCACAUAACCACUUGAAGCACACUUAGCAAAAGGCAGCUUGUGUCAGCUUUGCCUUUUGUGGUUUCUUGAUUUUCAGAUUGAACCAUAUCGUUGCAUCCUUUCCCUUCAGAGAUCUUUGUGUUUGCUUUAAGCCAUUCUGUGACCUACAAACAAACUGAAAUAUCCAAGGUUUCUGAUCCCCUGUGUCUCCUUGUGCCAAGCUACUCCCUGAGAUGAACUUCUCGUCAGCUGUACAGAUUGUUAAACCAUUCAAUUUGCUUCUUAAUAGUAGGUGACACCAUGCUCUGUAGAGUAAAGCAGACCCUCCACAGCAGUCAUCCUGGGUCCUAAGAGUUUUCCAGCAUAGUUUGAUUUAUAUAACUGUUGCUAAGUAACUUGUCUUGGGGUUUACGGAAAUUAAUUAUUAUGUUUGCACUAAGAUUUACUGGGAGUGAUAGAGGGACAUACCUAUAUAUCAUUAAGGACUGAUUUGUCUUUCUGUACAUAGGAAGUUGACAAUACUAUAUUUGUUUUAACCCCACAGUGUUUUACUCCACUUUUCAAAAAGAUCCAUUUGGCACUUUUUUCUUUUUUCUUUUUUCCUUUGCUCUCUCCCUUCCUUUUUACUUCCUUUCUUUCUUUCUACUUUAAGGAAAUAAGAUUUUUGUCUCUCAUUUUAGAUGAAUUGACAGCUAGAAAGGUUAAACUUCACAGAUAGUUUAGGUGGAGUAUAUUUUUUAAAUUAAGAACAUGUAUAUUUAUCCUGUGUUACCAAGUUUUUAUGUGUCAACUGGGGAGGGGGAUCCCUCUGAAAUGAUUAUGAGGUUAAUUUUUCUUCAUUAGGAGACAUUGAGAACCAGUAAUUGUGAGAGUAGUUGAUAGUUCCACUCCCAGUCAUUGAAUUGCUUCUGUGUUUCCCUGUAGGUCCGCAGUAACCCUGUGUCAGUCUUACACAUUUGUAAGGACCCUGCAAGACAGCGAUGCCGACUAAGGCUUUGGGCUAAUAGCUACUAUAAAGAAAGCCUGUGAAAAAUACCUUCUUUAAACUUUGUUUUUUGUUACUGUUUUGUUUUCUUUCUAGUAAACUCACAUUUCGAUAAGUUUUUAAAUAAAGGAAUUAUUUUUGUGUUCCCAGAA